ACUACCUCUGCAUAUCUGAACAGGUACUUGGUUGAGGAGAUAUAAAGCUAUUCAUAUACAACGGUACCAGUGUUUAGUCACACCUUAAUCUGAAGCAGUAAAACGAUGGCGGACGACCUAAAGAGGACAUUAGUGACAGGGCUGGCGUCAAGCCCAAAGUAUAUUCCUUGCUGGUAUAACUACGAUGACGUCGGAUCGAGACUUCAGCAAGAAAGUGGCGAGAUUAAUAAGGAUUACUAUUUAACACGAAGUCAGAUAUCGUUUCUAGAACAAAGCGUACAGGAUAUCAUUCCGGAGGUUUCCUAUGACCUGACCUUAGUUGACUUAGGCAGCGGAGACUGCUCCAAAACGCGGUUUGUUAUAGACGAGCUGUUAAAAAGACACAAAACACUUACAUUUUACCCACUGGACAUUUCAGGAGAGUUUCUGUUGAAAGCAGCAACAAAAUUGACAGAGGAGUAUGGUGAAUCACUUGUAGUCCGACCUAUAGCUGCUGAUUAUGUGCAAGGAAUAGAACAACUGAAACGGGUCAAAGGUGCUAAACUGAUCCUAUGGAUUGGCAGUAUGAUUAACUUAUCUUAUGAUGACCAGAUCAACACACUCAGGAUGAUCUCCACCAUAAUGACAGAUAAAUGUCGACUGGUUUUUACAGCUGACAUCACCCAGAACAGAGAUGCUAUUAUAAAAGCCUACAGUGAUGAUGCAGGUGUUAAACAAACAUUCUACCAAUAUGGAGUCACAAGGAUGAACAAGGAGAACGGUAGUAAGAUCGACCUUGACAAGUUCACUUAUCAGUUAGAUUUUGUCCAUAACACAAGUCCUGAGAACAUGAGUUACGUGAGGUCUUACAUGGAGGCUAGGGAGGACAUCCGGUACUCUAUACCUGGAUUGAAUACUGACUUGGUGAUGGAAAAGGGAGAACGACUUUACUUCCACGAAGGUGCUGGACUUAGCUGUAAAUAUACCCUGGAACAGUUACAAACCAUUGUCCAGAAAGCUGGACUCCGCCUGGUGGACACUUUUAUGGACGAAGGGAAACACGUUGCUUUUUGUCAGUGUGUAACUAUAUAAAGAACAAAGUGUACAUUAUCAUAAUCAGUGAGCAACAUCAAACAAUUUAACAUAUUCAGUCAAGGGAAUGAAGGUCCAUGUAAGAAUGUUUAGCCAUUGGCGCUGAACAAAUCGUAUUUGCUUAUCAAUUAAAUACUUACACUGUGUGCACGGAUUUCUUUGAAUUCAAAUUAUUAUCUUAAUGUAUAACAUAUAUUAAAUUUUUUAGAGUUUUUUUAAA